AACGAUAACGAUUGUUGGCAUUCGCACGGCACGAAUCGUACAGUACAUUUACAUUGCAAAAAAAGCAUAAAACAAAGUUUUAAAACAAUUAAAAGCGAGCAAUCCUCGGCGUAUUAUUAAAGAACUAGCCCACUGUUCGCCCCAUAACCGCAGCAGAGCGCGCGACCUUGCGAUUUCACGGAGUAGCAGCGUCAGAAAGAGGGUUCAUCGGCAGAGGGGCGCAGAGAGAAAAUGUCACGCAAAGCAGCAGCAGCAGUGGAAGUGGAAAAAGAGUGAAGAAACCGCAGAAAUCGUAGUCGGGAUCUGAUCUCGGUCCUUUGGAGUAGCGAAUCCAAUCGGGGCUCGGUCAGCCCAUCCUCUUCCCGAUCCUAAUGCCGCCAGCCCAGUGGUAAGUGUGGUGUCGCGAAACUAACCGAUGGGCAGCAGCAGCAGCCAGCGAAAGUAGGAGACAACAACGGAGCCCUGCGUCUACGGUCCUAAGAAAAUUCACAGGUAACGGACACCUGCGAGCGCAAUGCGAAUGCUGCCGAUCCUGGCCAGGAUUGCUCAUAUACUGAUGCUUGGAUGUCGUCGGUAAUUGAGUGCGCCAUCCUCCGUUGGGAACCCCCUAGCAAUCCGCUGGCACCACCAUGCAAAGCCUGGACUCCUCAUGCCAAGAAGCCGAUUUUAUUAUAAAUGACACGCUCAAGAAGUUAAAGGGAUCCAGUAACGCGGAUCAUGUCCCGGGACUAACGGUCCACGCCCACGGAUCGGGCGUCCAUCAGACGCAGUUCGUCCAGUACGGCACGUCUGGUAACUCGCCUCAACUGCAGCCCCAGCAGUCGUACCACCAGCUGCAUCCUACCCUCCAGCAGCAGCAGUUCGCCUCGUCGAGCAGCAAGUCGUACCUGGAGACUAGCCUGCUGCAGGCCAUACCACAGAUUCCUGCCCAGCCGCCCAUUUGCAUAUUCGAUGACGACGAGUCUCCCACCGAGGGCACAGGCGGCUCAUUGGGCGGCCUGCUCACGGAGCCCACCUCGGCCACGCCCAGUGGCCUGCCCACUGCAAUCGCUCCGUCGCCCUCAUCGUGCUCAUCUUCCACUACAACGCUGUCGAACUUUAACUCCAUUACGUCGCCCUCGCCAGUGGUACCCGAUCUGCUGUUGUCAACGCCGCCCGGCGUCAACUCUAGCCUGAGCAAUAGCUCAACAGGAGCGGCCAGUGUAUCCAGCAAGAAGUCAGAAAAGCGGCCACCAUCCGCGAACUCAACAGCCAGUAGCGGCGGCCACCACCUGCACCAUCAUCACCUCCACCAGACGCACAAUCAUCAUGUCUUGGCAUCACCCUCGUCGUCGCCAAGCAAGCGCCAGAAGUCCAAUAGCAGUAGCAAGGAGAGCAGCUCCUCUAGUCGCAGUUCAGCUUUACCCGCCGCCUCAGUCUCCACGGCAACCUCGUCGUCGCAAUCAGCGCGCGCUGGCGCCGGCGCUGCCUCCUCCAACAGCAACAACAAGCCACCUUCCUCCGCCUGCCAGUCAACCAACAGCAAGUUCUUCAAUCUUCACGAGAAAAUAAGGGACCUGUAUUUACAUCUGCUGAGCAACGACCUCAACUACUUUGCCGAGACAGGGCUAAAGCAACGCACCCGCUCCUUUACCCUGGAGCGGCUUGUGGAGCGGGAGAAGCUCAACACGAUUGUGGUUAACCUGUAUCCCGGCAACAAGGGAUACUCACUGGCCUUGCAUUAUGACGAGCAUAUGCUGCUUAACCCGCAAACGAACGAAUGGUCAACCAUAGACAAGGACGAGGCCACGAACGAAGUUGUGGGAUUGGGAACGGGUGCAGGACCAGGAAGUCAUCGAACUCGGCCAAAGCCAGCUGCAUUGGACGAAAGUCACUCCAAAGUGGAAAUGGGACAGGCUAAGCACGACUUCGGACUAGUAGAGGUGCUUCGGUGGCCAUACGAGAAUGAUCUGCUGCUGCAGUGCAUCGAUCGUGAGAUGCUGCCGGAGUUUCUAAUGGAUCUGCUAGGAGCGGAGACGGUCAGUUUGUCAGAUGGUGAAGGGACACGAGUUUAUGCCAAGCCGAGCGUCUUCUACGCGGGAUGCGUUAUAGCCCAAAUCCGCGACUUCCGCCAGACAUUUGCCACCUCAACGAAUAUCUGUGAUAUGAAGCACAUCCUGCUCAGGCCGACGAAUGCCACCCUCUUUGCGGAAGUGCAACAAAUGGGCAGCCAGUUGCCGGCCGAAGACAAGCUCGCCCUGGAGAGCCAGCUGGUGUUGGCCACGGCGGAGCCGCUGUGCCUGGAGCCGGAUCCUAGCAUAGGGAGGCAGGCCAUCAACGCCCAGCAUCAGCGUCAGCUCUUUAACUCCCACGAGAUGCGCCGUCAAAUGAAAAAGUUCACCCAAACGGCGAUCAAUCGGAAGCGCAAGUUGGACCAGUUUACCCAUCAUCACGGCCUGGAAUUGUGCGAUUACUUGGCUCGUCUGCGACAGCGACCGCGAACAGGGAGUAGCAGUGGUACCGGCAACGCAACCCCAGCUACGGCACCAACCAACAAUCCGCUGGUAGGGGCCAUGCUCUCGUCGUUCACGUCAAAGGUACCCCGACGACCACACGAGGUCAUCCGCCCAAUUCGACCGCCCACACUGGAGUAUCCCGCCAAUCUGAAGGUGCCCGAGCACGUGAUCAGCGUGGAAAAGUACGCCAAGGCCUACGAGCCCUUGAACGAAUUCAGCGAGGCCUGCAAGGACGGCUGCCAGCCGAAUUGCCGUCACAACUUCCAACCGCAACUAAUCGAGGAAUAUGUUCUUGAGACAGAGCGUGAAGCCAGCGAAGGUCGACGGGCUUUGUACCACAUUAAACUGUCCAUCUUCCAGCGCCCCUCUGAUGCUGAGUAUCUCGGCGAACUGUACGUGGACCGGGAUUACCGGGAGGGCGAGCGCAACGGGGAGUCGUGCCGAUUUGCGUUGGGGACUCGUGUGCAUGCAAAUCGAUACAUUCAGCAAUUCCGCGAGAUCUUCACCGAGGAGGGGCGAAAGGCUGUCAAAAUCACGCAUUUGAUACCAGGGCAUGCGCCCAUCGUGACUCACACUGGACUGACGAACGAACAGCGAAUCCUCUUGCAGCAGCAGCAGCAACAACAACAGCAGCAGCAGCGGCAAGCUCAAAUGCAACAGCAACAACAGCAUCAGCAAGUUGUAGUUGUAGGUAAUCCACCACAGCAGCAGCAACAACAGCCCCAGCAGCAGCAACAACAACAGCAGCAACAGCAACAACAACCACAACAGCAACAACCCCAGCAAGCGCAACAGCAACUAUCAGCCACAGUCCACCAUGUGGCGUUACCUCGACAACAAAUAACACAAAAGACUCUUAAUUUGGCUGGAAGUAAUGUCAUUAAUGUACAGCAAAACUUUCGGCAACAGCCAGCGCAGCAGCAACAACAAACAUACACAAUUGAGGCACCGCAACAACAAGCUGCAACACAAAUUGUUCCGCAACAACAACAACAACAACAGCAGCAACAGCAACACAUUCAUCUUCAACAAUUGGGCACCGGCAGCAGCAAUUCCUCCACAACAACUCACCAAGUUAGUCUGAGCAAUGGCUCCCUUGUCCUUGUACAGCAGCAGCAACCCCAGCAGCAAUCGCAACAGCUGGCUCAGGCACUGCAACACUCAGGUAUAACCAUCCAGCCUGCCACCAUUCAGCAGCAGCAGGUAAAGGGUACCUCUGUGGUGGGGGCCAAUUCAGCAUUGCGUGCCCAGCUCAACUCAAAUGUUCCAAUUUUGCAAACGCAGCUGAAGGUUCAACAGCAACAGACCAUGCAGAAGCAACAUCAACAGCAACAGCAACAACAGACAACUGCCACUAGUAACAACAACAACAAUAAUAACAAUAUGAACAACAAUACGGCCAUACAUCCAAAUCCUGCAAUAAAUGCCAUAGUCAACAGCAUUAUGAACUCCGCCAACCAGUACCAACAGCAGCAGCAGCAACAACAGCAACAGCAGCAUCAACAACAUCAACAACAAUCGGGAAACACGGCCAGCAACAACAAUCCUGCAGCGCCCGGCGGAAACAAUAGCAACAACAACGGGAGCAGCACCAGUGCAACCACACUUAAGAACUCCAGCAACGCAUCAAUUUUGAACCUGCUCAACAGUGCUCCAGCUGCCAUGACCAGCACCCCAGUGGCUAGUGGAACUUUUACCACCUCGACCGGCCAGCAGCAACCGCAGACGCUGACACUUGUGCAGCACCAGCAACAGUCGACCCCUGCCACAGCUGAUGCCGCCACUGCAACCUAUGUACAAACCACACGGGGAACACCCACGCUGGUGAGUACUCAGCGGAAACAGCAAUCUAGCGAAGUGCUCCAAAACUUGUUGAAUGCCAAUCGAAAGAUUGGAGGUGGAGGAACCACCACGACAACGUUUCGCACAAACUCCGCUGGCAAUUUGAUAGCGGUCAACCUCAACCAAGCCGGGCAGUCACACCACCAACAAGCGGGCGACGGUAAUCAGACAGUAAGAGUGUCCAUGUCGGCGCUAGCCUCACAGUUGGCCUCACCGCCAGCGGUUAUGACAAACCCCACUACCAGCUACACAGUGAUCUCAUCAGGCAAUAGCGCCGCGGCUGCUGCAGCUUGGAUUCAGAGUCCAACGGGUCCGGUCCAGCAACGUAUCUUGAGCUCGCUGAGAAGGGACAGUACCACUGCGCCACCCAACGCUAUUGUGGUAGGAAUGGCAGCUCCAUCGCCGGGAAGCGAUUCCAACGCCUCCAAUGCCAGUGGCUUUGCGGUGCCAAACAAUCUAGCAUCCACCUCCAGUAGUGGCGGUGGUGGUGGAGCUCUGUCCGCUUUGCUGACCAAUGCGGCUACUCCCUCGCCAUCGGGUUCGGAUCACUCGCAAUCGUCCCAGACGCAUCAAAAUCAAGCAUUGCUGGAACGCCUCAGCAAUGUCACUUCCAACGUGUCUGCCGUUUCCAUGCCACAUAUGUCGCCGCAGCAACCACAGCCGACACAGCAGUUCAUCACGAAAACCAUUGUUCACUCUCCCGCCACCUCUUCAAUACACUCGCCCAUGUCUAGUCCGCAUCCGCAGCCUUCUGCUUCGCCACAGCAACAACAACAGCAGCAGCAACAGACAACUGCCACCCUGAAUCUGCAGGGCAUUAAUCUGUCACAGCUGCAGGGUGCAAUGGCUAAUUUUGCCGGUCUGCAAAAUGUCCAGGUGCAGAUUCCCGGCUUCACGCAGCCCAUUUCCCUGCAGUUCUCAGGAAAUAGUCUGCAACAGCAGCAGUCAGGGAGUACGGCAACGGGCGCCGGCACAGCGCAGGGUCAACAGAGGAGUGUUCUUGUCUCGGUGCCGGUCUCCAGCCAGCAACAGCAACUGCCACAUACCAUAACGUUGCAAACGCAAUCGGCGGCGCACCAUCAGCAGCAGCAUCAGCAAAACCAGCAGCAGCAUGCUCCUCCAACAGGCACUAUUGUGAGCUUGCCCUCGACAGGACCUGGCACCCAGACAGUGGUCAUAACAAACAACGCCAACGCAGGAGUCUCAUCGGGAAGCAACAACAGCGGUAAUGCAGGUGGCGGAGGAGGAACCGGCGCCACCACAGCCAUGCUGACUCUUCCCAUUGCUCAAAUAGUCGGUGCCGGUGUACAGAAACUAAAUCCUCAAACAAUACGUACCUCAAGUGUUGGUGGUGGUAUAGGUAUCGCCCAGCAGACGGUCCAGCAGCAGCAGACGAUUCAGGCGCAGUCGGGAGGAAACAGUACGGCGGCCAUUCAGCUGUUGGGUACCAUUCAGCCGCGGGCCCGAAACGUCCAGGUGGUGGGCACUAAGCAAUUGGCUAACAGACAGCUCAUCACCACCCAGCGGCAGAUUGGUGGAUCUACGCUCAAGAUUGCAACAACCCCUGUGAAUUCUGGCAGUGUAGUAACCAACAGCGCCAACCUUAGUACCACUCCAAUUGUGAUGUCCGCGCAGAAGCUACAACUGAAAACGGUAAAGGCGCCCGUGCAACAGCAUCAGCAACAGUCGCAGCAACAACAGCAACUGCAACAACAACACAGAAUACUCAACCAGCAGAGCACCGCAACGGUCUCGUCGCAGACACUGCCCAGUCCCAACCAAGUGCAGGUGGGGCCGCAGCAGCAACAGCAGCUGCAGCAUAUUCAAAUCGCUGGAAGGGCAACUACCGCAACGGGAGCCAUCAGUCAAAGGACAUUGACGGCUCUGGCAGCGGCCAAACAGCAGCAGCAGCAACAACAACAGGCGGCGGUCAAUCGAAGGCGCUCAACCACCGAUGCGACCAAGUAAAGGAUGUGGAUUGCCGGGGACUGAGACGACUGAGAGAUGAUGAUGAAGCAUUAGAGCGAACAAGUAAAAAGGCUACGCGUUGUGUAUUGCUUGAUAUUAUAGUUUAUGGUUACCUCCUAACUAUCACUACUACCGUACAUUGUAUACCCAUAUAACUAUAUAUGUUUUGAUGUGUAAUCGUAAGUGUAAAUUGCAUGGGCAACAGCAUGGCAGCUCAUAGUUGUGCAACCUAGUUAGGAGCUGGAGCUGAACCACAGUAUUGGUCCCUGGCCCUGCUCUACCGACUGCGCUUGUGUUAAUUGUGUCUCCCUUGGCAGAACGAAUUAGGUGUAGAGGUCUUAAUAAUAUUUAUCUAGUUGUAUAUACGCAUAUAUAUUAUAUAUAUAUAUAUAUAUAUGGAAAUUGUUUCAAUAUGUCCCGCGCCCAAUCGCCAUUUAAACUAAACACAAGAACACCUAUCAAUUUGGCUCCAAACUCCAAUUCGUUAAGUCCUAAGACUAGUUCUUUAAGUGUGCUAAUUUUAAGCUGUAAAUCAUGGGAGUCGCCGAAAACAAAAGGAAAGCAAUAAUAUGAGGAGAGAAAAAUCAACAAAACAAGUAAAUUAAUUGUAAAGAAAUUCUAAUUAUUAUGAUUACGUUUAGCUACGAGAGCAUAUGAACCGGGUUAGGGGUUCAUUUUAGCAAUUAAAAAUAUUCAUAUAUUAUUACUAUUAAAAUUAUUAUUGCUAAUUAUUUAAUCGAUUGCAUAGCUUAAGUUCACAAAAGAAGAGAGAAAACACACAUUUUAGUUUGUAAUGUACAAUUCGUAGCCUCAACCAAUUUAGUACUUCCAAUUACAGAAACAUUAAAAAACAACGGAAAGCAAAACAAAAUACACAAAAAGUCAAAACUUAUUUUAACAAUUUAUUUGUAAUAGCUCAAUGUACAAUGAAACUAGAGAGACAGGAGCAGCUGAUGGAGCUCAGGCGAAUGAAGUUGCAAAUCGAGUAAGGAUGUGUAAAAAGUAACGCUUUGACUAUAUACAAAUUUGUUUUUCAACUAAGCCAGUUUUUUGUAGAUGGAAAUUAUUUAUUUAAGUAACGAUUUUAUUUAUGUUACUACUCUGCUGUCAUUGUUUAGCAUUGUUUGAUUCAGCUGUACAACACUAAAACUAAACCUCUUCAACAAAAAAAAACAAAAAACAAAAACCAGCAACCAGAAAAGUAAAAACAAAUUAACCUCACCAUUACCCGUAUUCCCUACCGUACCCAACAAACACACUCAAGCAUAAAUUACUCAAUGUUAAUAUUAAAUAAUAAAUGUGAUUUAAGAAGAAUAAACGAAAAAGAAAACAUGGUACUACGUAAACCGGAUGAAUGAUUGAAAAGCAUUACGAAAUGGGAAAAAUGUUACUCAAGCAAAGCGACGCAAAGAACUGGCCAAAAAACCUGAGUACGAAAGUUAUAUACAUACUUGAUAAUAUGAUAUACGUGUGGUCUGAUCAAAGGGUUAUUGAAACGUAAUUCAAAGAUUUAUUAAUGUAAUGCGGAGCAAUCUAAGCAGCAGCAUAAGAUAUUUAUAUAUGUAAACACGAAAACCACUAUUAAUAUAAAUGUGUAAUUUCAAUUCAAUAACUGCUUAUCAAAAUACCUGACUGUAGAAACUUUUCAUUAAACUGAUUACGAAGAAAACUCUUGAGAAAUACUAAACGAAAAUUUAAAUUACGACAGAAGCAAAAUAAAAUAAUGAAGCGCCGACAAAGUCAAAGCAAAAGCUCCGUUAAUCAAUAAAGUGUGAAAUGAAUUAUA